ACCAAUUCGACGUGAACACUUGUGUUGUUGUUAUCUGCACCCGAGAUCUUCUGAUCAUCUCUCCCAAGCACCGAACUCGAACAGAUAGCUUCAGGGGUGGAAGCUCCUCGAUCACUCCCCCUCCCUAUUUCUCCCUGUCGCUUUAUUCUCUACCUACACCUUUCAUUUCCUUUCUAUCACGCCAGAACCUUGAUGUCUGUAUUGGAAAUUGUCCGAUAUGAUUCCCCUGCUUUGGCAGUUUGCGUAAUCCUGGGAGUUUCGCAAAUUGGUGAAACAGGUUUGUAAGAUAAUGCGACAUAUAAAUUAUAAUCUGAGAUUGGUUUCUUCCAAUGUUAAGCAAACGAAGAGAAUUGUUCGGACGUGGAGAAUCUGAACGCAAAAGCUGACAUUUUAGUGGUCGGAAUAUCCAUUUUGCGGUUUCAUCAAAUGUAUCUCACUUGGACGGUGGUAUCGAUGAAAUUGAAGUUUUCUAAUUGAAUGCAAGAUUUAUGACAGGCAUUUGAGAGGUGAAUUUCUGUCCAGUUAGAGAAGAUAGUGAGUGUAAUGUUGGAGAUGGCUGUGGGUAGCAAAACAAGAAAUUUGCUUGAAGGUCUAGUAAGAGAAGGAUCAUUCAAUUGGUUACUUGGAAAACGCAAUUCCUUCGAUGAAGAAUUUGAAGAGAUGGGAAGGUCCCCAUCUGCUCAGAGGAAUUGGAUACCACAGCUUUCUCCUCUUGCAAAUCUGGUUCUUCGUAGAUGUUCAAAAGUCCUUGGUGUUCCUCCAAUUGAGCUUCAAGAAAGCUUCAAUGCAGAGGCUGCUGAAUCAAUAAAGCAUCCAUCAAGGUACGCGAGGAACUUGUUGGAGUACUGCUGUUUCCGGACACUAGCCUUGUCAAUACGAGUUACAGGUCAUCUUGCCGAUAAAAAGUUUCGACGCUUAACAUAUGACAUGAUGCUAGCUUGGGAGGUUCCGGCUGCUGCCAGCCAGCCUUUACUAAAUGUCGAAGAGGAUGCAUCUGUUGGGGUAGAGGCCUUCUCACGAAUAGCUUCAGCAGUCCCUAUUAUUGCAAAUGUUGUUAUUAGUGAAAAUCUAUUUGAGGUGCUUACCAAAUCAACUGGUGGUCGGCUUCAGUUUUCCAUCUACGAAAAGUAUUUAAGCGGACUAGAAAGAGUUAUUAGAAAAAUGAAGAACCAAUCAGAGUCAUCUCUUAUUUCUUCUGUUCGAUCAGCAAGAGGAGAAAAGAUUCUUGAAGUGGAUGGAACAGUCACUUCCCAACCAGUUCUUGAACAUAUAGGGAUGUCUGCAUGGCCUGGUAGGUUAGUUCUGACGGACCAUGCUCUUUACUUUGAAGCUCUCCGUGUUGUGUCUUAUGACAAAGCAAAAAUGUAUGAUUUAGCAGAUGAUCUGAAACAAGUUGUUAAACCUGAGAUGACUGGACCAUGGGGUACCCGGCUUUUUGACAAGGCAGUGUCAUAUAAAUCAAUUUCCUUAUCAGAAUCAGUUGUCUUCGAGUUUCCUGAGCUUAAGGGGCAUACUCGCCGUGAUUACUGGCUUGGAAUCAUCCGAGAAAUUUUAUAUGUUCAUAGAUUUAUAAACAAGUACCAGAUCAAGGGAGUUGAACGAGAGGAAGCACUUUCAAAAGCUGUACUUGGGAUUUUGCGAGUACAAGCCAUUCAGGAUAUUAGUUUGGCUAAUCCUCUACGGUGUGAGAAUCUUCUCAUGUUUAAUCUUUGUGACCAACUUCCAGGUGGAGACUUGAUAUUGGAAACCCUUGCAAAUAUGAUAACCCUCAGGGAGUUGGACCGGACUAACAAUUCGAAGGCUGGAGGGGAAAUGCAUUCAGUCUCUGCCUUAGACAUGGUCUCUAACUUAGGGUUUGUGUUUGGAACAAGUUCAAAUAAUCCUAAUGAGGCUGGACUUCUUGUGGGGGAGAUAACUGUGGGAGAGCUGAGUUCUUUGGAAAGAGCAGUUAAGGAAUCUAAAAUCAAUUAUGAAAAAGUGGUGCUAGCACAACAAACAGUCGACGGAGUUAAAGUGGAUGGCAUUGACACUAAUUUAGCAGUUAUGAAGGAGUUACUCUCUCCUAUGAGGGAACUCGGGAAGUACCUUCUGUCUUUGGCGUUUUGGGAUGAUCAUGUGAAGUCAUUGGUAUUUUGUUUAUUGUUCAGUUACGUCAUUUUCAGGGGAUGGCUGGGUUACACCUUUGCUCUAGUGCUCAUCUUUAUUGCGAUUUUCAUGGUACUCAACCGAUUUUGUGGCCAAGGAAAGUCUGUUGAUGGUGUAAAGGUGAUAGUACCCCCAGCAACGAAUACAAUGGAGCAGCUCUUGGCUGUUCAAAAUGCAAUCUCUCAAAUUGAAGGAAUCGUCCAGGAUGGUAACAUUCUUCUUCUCAAGAUGCGGGCCUUGUUGAUGUGCAUUUUCCCUCAGGCAAGCCAAAAAUUCGCCGCGAUGCUGUUGAUUGCAGCCUUGAUUCUGGCUUUUGUACCUAGUAAGCUCAUCAUUCUUCUAAUUUUUUUGGAGACUUUUACAAGAUAUUCACCUCCAAGGAAAGCAAGCACAGAGAGAUGGAUGAGGAGAUUGAGAGAAUGGUGGUUCAGCAUACCAGCGGCUCCUGUUGUCCUUGAAAGAGAGAGAGAGGAAAAAAAAAGGAAGUGAUGCUGUAAUUAUUACGUGUGUGAAUUAUGUAAUAACUUGCAACAAUGUAUAUACGUUUUUGGAAUGGGAUUCUUUUUUCUUAAUGCAUCUGUUGAUUGUAAACCUCA